AUGAGCAACACCCUGCAAUUCUACGGGCUACCUCAAGAGAAUCCAAACACGCAUAUUUCUAGAUUUCUCAGAAACUGUCAGAACUUUCAUGCUCCGGGAGUCAAUGAAGAUGCUAUUAAACUACGACUAUUCCCAUUUACAUUGAGAGAUGCUGCAUUGGAGUGGUUAGAUGCUGAGCCUCACGCUAGCAUUACUAUAUGGGAAGAACUAGUCAGGAAGUUCUGUAAUAAAUUUUUCCCACCAGCCAGAGUGGCUAAAAUCAGAUUGGAAAUUCAAACUUUUCCACAGAAAGAGGGAGAAAGCUAUCACGAGGCAUGGAAUAGAUUUAAUGAGCUGAUGAGAAAAUGUCCAAACCAUGGAAUUACACAAGGAAACCAAGUGCAGUACUUCUAUAUCGGACUUACACGACUGUCAAAAUCUCAAGUUGAUGCCUCUACUGGUGGAUCAAUCAUAGGGAAAUCAGUGCAACAAACCAUGGACCUAUUUGAGUUAAUUGCCACCACACAUUCAAUGUUCUCAUCAGAAAGAGUGGUACCACCAAAGGCAGCAAGAAUGUGUGAAUUAGACAGCACAACAUCUACCAAUGCACAGAUAGCAGCUUUAACAAAACAGGUAGAGUUACUUGUAAAAUUGCAAACACAUGGAGCAAAUGCAAUGAUGACCAGUUCAAGGAGAAAUCACGCUACAGAGAGCUGCAUGAUGCUCACAUCUUCAGAGGAACAAGUAAACUCUAUUCAAAAUAACUCUCAUAAUUUCAACUCAUAUGGCAACAAUUUCCAGCAAGAAAGAAGACCAAGUUUGGGGAAGAUGUUUCAACAAUAUGUGCAGAAGACGGACAAGGUGUUCCAGCAAAUUGACACGAACUUGCAAAAUCAACAGGCAUCCAUCAAGAAACUGGAGACACAAAUUGGUCAGAUAGCACAACAACUUGCAGAACGUCCACAAGGGACAUUGCCGGGCAAUACAAUGAUAAAUCCUAAGGAACAGUUGAUGGCAAUUAAAGUAGUGGAGAAUGAUCCACCCAGGGCCCCCGUAAAAGUUAAAGCAUAUGUACCUCUACUUUCGUUUUUCCAAAGACUUCGAAAGAAGUCGAUGGAGCAAAAUAUUCAUGUCAUAAAUACAAAGAACGAGGUACAAUCACCAGAGAUCACUACAGAGAGACCCAAAAGAAAAGAUGACCAAGAAGUGAUUGAUGAAGCUACAAGGGUAGGAAAAUCUGCACCAAAUGCAACUGAAAAUAGAGAAGGUACAGAAACAUCAGCUGCCAAAGCACCAAGUCUAAACAAAGCUUACAUGCCUCCCAUUGCCUUUCCUCAAAAGCUCAAGAAGAAUAAACAAGACACAAACUAUGAAAAAUUUCUCGAUGUUCUCAAGAAGCUUCAGAUCAAUGUUCCGUUCAUAGAUGCGAUACUACAAAUUCCAAGCUAUAAGAAAUUUUUGACAGAGAUGUUGACAAAGAAAAGAAAGCUUCCGGAGUUUGAAACCGUGGCACUAACUGAGGAAAGUAGUGCAAGAGUCCAGAGAAAAUUGCCUCCUAAAUUGAAGGAUCCAGGGAGUUUUACUUUACCAGUUUCAAUUGGAAAUUCCUAUUCAUCUAAUGCAUUGUGUGACACUGGUGCUAGUAUCAAUCUAAUGUCAUAUUCUUCUUAUAGGAAAUUGGGACUAGGUGAAGUCAACUCAACAUCAAUAACGCUACAACUCGCUGAUAGAACAAUCACAAGGCCACGUGGCAAAGUUGAGGAUGUACUCAUCAAAGUAGGAAAUUUAAUAUUUCCUGUGGAUUUCAUUGUAUUGGACAUACCAGAAGAUCGAGACAUUCCAAUUAUAUUGGGUCGACCAUUCUUAGCAACGGGACGAACUCUUAUUGACAUGGAGAAGGGAGAACUAAUCUUGAGAGUGGAGGACAAGCAGGAGAUAUUCAAUAUUUACAUCCAAUAUGAGAAACCUCCCAAUAAAAAUGAUUGCUAUAGAAUUGAUGAAGAAGAGCCACCUGAUCAACGAAGCUUUAAGUUUGGGGGAAUGACAUCAUUUGCUUAUAUUGUUGAGUUUCUCGAAUGCUUAUAUAACCUUGCCGAACUGGUGAUGGGGUCGUGUUGCGGAAAACAUAAAAAGGAGUCAACAUCGUCAACUCCUGAAAUUCAAGCAAGUUCGGCGGAGCAAGAGGAGAGGGAAGAAACUGAAGCAAGUUCGGCGGAGCAAGAGGUGAGGGAAGAAACUGAAGCAAGUCCGGCGGAGCAAGAGGUGAGGGAAGAAACGGAAGAGUUGCCAGAAGAAAUAUUGAUUACGAUUCCAAUGAUAGGGUUGCCCGAAGAAGAAGAGUUGACUGAUACAGGGUUGAGAGUGGCAGACUUGAUUAAUAGGCCAGAACAUGAGGGAAAUUCAGUUUCACUUCCAGAUGUCUCGAUAAUGUGCAAAGAUAUGUUAGAAUCAGCGUUUUUAUUCAUGAUGCCAACAAUUUUUAUCUUUUCUUAUUCGCACCUCGAGAUCAGGUUAGAUUAG